AUGAAUAUACAGACUGACGAUGAGAUUGAUGAGCAAAGAACAAUUUAUUUCAUGAUUCCUCGAUACGAAUUGAUUGCCCACGAGAUGAGAUGUAUUUAUAAGGAAUUCCGACGUAGAAGAGAAGACUGGAAAGUCGAGUAUUCUGGAAAUUUAAACAUCAACUUUAUUGAUGUCUCUGAUGCUGUUCUCACGCCGGAGGAAGCAAACUUCGUCAGAAGUAUAAAAUCAAAACAUGAAAAAUGGAAGAAAUCAAAGCCAUCAACCGUUUCAGUCAUCAGGAAAUCAGAAGAAAGUUCUGACUAUAGCACGUCGAAAGAAUUCAAAAAACUUUUCGAAGAUCUUGAGGAGUCAGCAACUUCAGAAGACGAGGACGUCCAAUACAACACCAAUCCGUACAAAUCCCUACCUGAUGUGUUACAAGAUUCACGAAAGAUUGAUAUGAAAUAUCAUGGUUCUUCCGAAGAGGAUCAAGAGCCAUGUAGUAGCCAGCAAACCACAGAUCUAGAAGAGAGAUUCAAAAAAUUAAGAGAGACAGAAGACUGUUCUGAUGUAGUUAUUGCGGAUAAUAGUGAAGAGACCUGCCGAGCAUAUAAAACAGAAAGAAAUUCGAGGAAAAAGAAGAAGAAGUCACGGAAACAAAGGUCGAAACGAGUGGAGAUGGAGUUAGAGAAUGAGGAGUUAAGGGAACUAAUACCGCACGAACAAGGUUAUUUCGAAUUGAGGCGAGCAAGAGGUAGAGUCCGUUCAAAAAUGCUUGAAAAAUCUAGGAACCAGAACUCAAACUACAUCGAAUUUUUGACAUUGAACGAAAUUUUAGUAGAGAGAGGAAUUCCUGCUGAUACUGUGAUAUGCUGUAUUCUUUGUAGACUAUUAGUACUGAACACUGUCCGAGAAGAAUUUUUCAUGUGUCCAUGUGAUUGCACUGACAAGUUCGUUCACUCAAAGUGUGCACUUUUAUACCAAUCCGAGAUGGUGCGACAGAAGUGUUCCGAUUGCAAUAAAUUCUACACUGACCGGAUAUUAUGCAGAUCUCGAGCUCCAAGUCUAUCUAAGAAGAACGCCCGUUAUAUAGCCGUCUACCAGCAGAAUUUGAGCACGAUUGCUUCAUUUGCUUCGAUUGUAGAACUAUUCGGGAAGAUAAAUUCGAAAAGUUGGACUCCACAGUCGUGA